AUGGCCGUAUGGGAAACCGAAGAUGAGUUGAGCAGUGUUGCGGCCGCAUCACCACCAGCUCCCAAUAAUAGACCUUACCGGGCAUCCUCACGAAGUUCAAGGAAGUCGCGCCGUUCUGCUACUCCGCCUGGUGGUUCAGGUUCUCCUCGUCCUCCGUUGCCACUGGAUAAGAUGGAGAAGAAAAGCAAGCGAACUUCGAAAGAUGUCAAAGCCGAUGAUAAUUUCGGCAUUCUUGACCCUCGCCGAUUUACACCUACCCUUCAUGCGAAUCUAGUUUCAGAGAUCCUGUCCUUACGAAGGGACCAGGAAGAGAAACUUAAGAUAAUCGAAAGCCUCGAAAGCACACUACAUGCUACUCAGGAGGAAUAUGAGGCUCUUCAGACAAACCUAUCAAAUACCUCCAAGGAAAGUAGAUCUUUAAAACGACAAUUAUCCCUACUCGAAGGAGGGAGUUCAUCGGCCAUAGGCGAGUUGGCGAAGGAACGCGAUGAAGCAGUCGACGCAAUAACCGAAACUAGGAGGCGACUCGAAGCUGCCCAGAAGAAAGUCCGAACGCAAGAAGAAGAUUCUCAGAGAGUCCAUGACCUUUGGGCUAAGGAAAAGGAUGCCUGGGACGAAGAAAAACGCCGAUAUGAGCGGAGACUACACGUCGCUGAGACACGACUUCGAGUCGUUCUAGAAGAGGUUGCUAAUUUGCAGGCAUCGCAAAUGAGCGGAAAUCAUGAUAAACUCGAGAGUGACACCGAAAAGGAGAACGAUGGCAGUAGUGUACGAACGAUGAGCAUGACUAAUAGCGUUCGCUAUUCAGUGAUGAGCGGUCCCGGCUUUGGCAAGAUGAAUGGGUACAGUCUUGCUGAUGAGCUCAACUUCGACGACGACGAUGACUACCAGACGGAUCCGGAUGGUCGCCAGAGUAUAAUCUCGUUCGCAAGACACAACCGGAACCAAAGUCGAGACAGUAUGAUGUCGAAGUCUCAUCGGCGUAACCAGAGCAAUGAUAGCUUGAUGCGGCCAGGUAGCAUUGUGCGAAGUAGGUUGUUUAUGAACCAAACUGUACUCGAUAGGCUCGAGGGUGGAAUUCGCGAAGAUGAUGAGAACUCUGUGGUAUCUCAGAAGGUACAGUAUAUUGACACGGGUGUCCAAUUUUCACCACCUCCAUCCCCUAAAGUAGUACCGGCAAAGCCAGCAACACCGGAACCUGCUUUGAAGAGUGAGAAGUUGGGCCUGGAAAGUCUAUGUCGAGCUGAGGGUGAGAUUGAGGCAAAUCAGAGUCGGAAGAGGGUAUCUCUAAAUAAGCAAGUACCAGUGGAGCUUCCCAAGGCGAAGCAGAUGGUAUCAGCUGCAUCUCAGACCUUAGAAAGGGCGCCUUUGCUAGCAAUGUCUCAGCCAGUUGUUGUGGAAACGAGGCCCGCCGCUGCUACGCUUCUAAUAUCAGCUGCCACUCAGACAGACCCCGUCGCACCUGAACCUCAGCAGGUCUCCGCGCCACUUUCAAUACCGAGUAUUAGCAUUGUUCCCCCAGGUAGCAGGCCAACGAGUCUGCAUGAGCACCUCUUACCUCAGUAUGUCAAAGACUUUGGAUGCCAGGUUUCUAUUUUACAGUCGAAUCCCAUGAGAUCCGCUUCCGUACAAACAGAUGAGAUCCGAGUUGACAAACGACUUGACAAAUUGCCACCACAUCUUCAUCCGUCUGCGAUUUCUUCAAGACCUUCCUCCCCUAUCACUAUCCCUACUACUACAAUGAUCGAUGAGAGUAAGAGUUUCACACCCGUUCCCGGACACGUUCCUCCACGAAAUCCGCGCCGCCUCACAAGUAACCGGCGAAGCUUCUCCGCCGACUUUCCUUCCUCGCCUCCGGAAUCGCCAACGGUUGACGACCUAGUAACGCGAGACGCAUACCCUGGCAACAACGAUGAUGGACCAUUAUCCAGUGCUAAAGCACCCGUUAGGCGACCGCUCCGCAUUAGCAGUCUAUUUGCCGGCUUCGAUGUCCAAAGCUCUGAUGAACAGGACGAAUUCGAUGGUGACCAGAGCGACUCCGAAUAUCGUACGGCACUUGCCCCGAGACCCAAAACUGGCCCUAGUAAACCUAACAAGCGAGUAGCACCAAGUAUACCCCCAACUUCUCCCGAGCAAGGUAAAGCCGCUGCCAGACAUUCGACGAGUGUUGCGAGCAAAAUCGGAAGUCCUGAACUGAACGGUAAUUUCCGUCUUGCCGACGCCCCGGAGGGUCUAUCACGAAAACCGUCUCUCAGAGUGGCCACUGGAACAACCGGAAAAUCACUUGGGUACGCCAUGGGUUCCCGAGCUAGUGUUAUGCGAAAAUCGGCAUUGAUCCAGAGCGGUAUCGCUUCACACCAAGUCCUUUCCCGAAGUCCCGAUCUGCUAGAAUCGCGGGACCCUCCGUUCCCAAUUCCCACUAGAGCGAGCUCGAGGAAGCCACCAUUUAGCGCCAGUGCCCCGAGCGAUGGCCAGCGGAGCCCUACCUACAAUGGAGAACAUUGGCCCCGCCGAGGCCGAAAAGUUGGUGUGUAUAGAACUAGUAGCAUUCGCAAAGCUCGUUCAGCAGCAGCGUUGCCCCAGAACCAGAGAUCCAGGAGACAUGCUAGCCGUUCACCACCACCAAUGUCUCCCUCCGAAGAGGCUCCUGAAAGUCCAGGCCUCCCACCACUACCAACCAACGACAUCACCACUCCUCGACGCGAACGUCGGGGAUCUCGGUACCGUAGUAGUCACAAGUCUCAACCCUCAACCAAUACUGCAAAUACCGAAAAUACAAACACAGGCUCCGCCGACAACCAACAGUCAUCUAGCGUGGUAGAUGCUAUCGCGCAGACGAUGGUGGGUGAGUGGAUGUAUAAGUACGUUAGAAGGCGCAAGUCAUUCGGUAUGGCCGAUGGCGCCGGCCGCGCGGAUGAGAAUAGUAAUGACCGCCACAAGCGAUGGGUAUGGCUUGCGCCUUAUGAACGUGCAAUUCUGUGGAGCAGCAAACAGCCUGCAAAUGGCAAUGCAUUGAUGGGCAAACCUGGCCGAAAGCUGAUCAUACAGUCUGUGCUUGAUGUAAAAGACGACAACCCCCCACCUAAAGGCAGCACCCAGAUCUUCAACCGCUCUAUCCUCAUCUUAACACCUCAGAGAGCGUUGAAAUUUACUGCUACAACGGCAGAAAGGCACUACCUUUGGUUGACAUCACUAUCGUUCCUAGCUCAUUCGCAGCAGGAUGUGCCUGAGAUCAUCCCAACAGCUAACGCGCCAAAGAUCGGCCCGGCGCCUGAUUUUGAAGCGCCUCAAGUUAAAGCAAAAAGAUCGGGAAUUCGUGACUCGAUUAGGCUGACGAAGGGAAGGAACCCUGGUUUGAUGGCUCGCCACGACCCUAUCCCAACCACUCAUCAUUUCGAGGAAGCUCUAUCAGCCCAACAGGAGUCGUUCCCUCCAAUCCCCACUCAUCAGCGUGAGCCAUCGUAUGAGGUUGCGGAACCUCCCCUCAUCCCGAGAUUCCAUGAAAGGUCGCAUGAAAGAGUACAUGAGCGGGCAAACCAGGUUGUCCUUCACGGUCGUAAGAGAAGCAACACUGGCGGCCACGUACCCCCGCCACUCUCAUUCCGAGGCUUUUCAGGACCAGCGAGUCAUAGCAGCUCCUACCAUGCCUCGACGAACAGCACCGCGGGCAACAGCGUGGGUACAGCGGGCUCGUCUGAUAUCUACCAAUCACAGGGCUCAAGCAACAUAACCUGGGGUAUGAGCACAGCCGGCUCCCAACGAACGUCGGAAGCGUCGUCUCGGCCGCCAGGUAAUUUCUUCGAAGCGAUCGGUACCGUGCGGAUGGAGGCCUUCAUCAGCCCAUUAACAUUCCCGAGAUUUGAUGACCACCCAGACGAGCAAGAAGAAUGGCGAUACAGAGCUCGGCGACGGAGCAAAGAAGCUCGUCGCCGUCGCAGCCGAAGUAGACGUCGGGACAGCUACGCUUCUCGUGGUACACGCGGUACAGAUUCCCACUAUGCUGGAAGUAGGAUAGGAGAAGAAGACUACUUCCGAGACGAUCCGUUUAAAGGAUUCUAA